AUGUCAUGCGCUAUAGAAAAAGAUGUCCUUCUCAAUGUCAUCGACAUCUACAAAGAUAUGCCUUAUCUUUGGAGGGGAGAGCACAAGGACUAUUCCAAGAAGGAAGAAAGAAGCGAAGGCUUUAAAGUACUUCUACAAACUUAUGGAAACGUUGACGAAAAGGCAACAGUAAAAAUAUUAAAGAGAAAACUGGAUUACAUGCGUACAACCUAUAUGAAAGAAUUAAAAAAGGUCAGAUAG